AUGAAACAGAUGUUUAUCUCAGUUUUAAUGCUUAUCAAUGUCGAUAUAGUGCUGAUGAAAGCUGUAGAGUGUCCAAAAGGUGAACAAAUCACUAACUCUGGUGAUGUAACAGAAUCUGGUACUGCUGGUAAAGAUUUUACUUUUAACUGUAUUGCUAUUGGUUUGACGGGUACUCUGAAGUGUGGUGAAAAUGGUAUUUGGACGGAACAGAAAGGUUGUCCAGCGACAAUCAAAGGAAGUGUACUGCUUUCUACUGACUUUUUUAUGUCACAAAAUUGCGCAGAAAAAUGCGCUAAAACAGCAAAGUGUAGCUUUGUGGAUUCAGAACAAGUAAACGGGGUAUGCGUGUACUAUCCAGCACCAGUCAUUUACGAGGAUUUGAAAACUCAAAGUCUUACCGAGUGUAUUAAGAAAUGUAAAGAUGACACGAAAUGUUUGACGGUUCAUCACUAUCAGAAUCGUUGCAUUUUAUUUAACGCCAACAUCAAGAAGUUACAUGUCAAGAAAGAUAUAUAUGGUAUCAUUGUACAAAUUCGUAAUUGA